UUGGCGAUUAUGCUCGUCGUUGAGUGGUAGAAUCCAUUCUGUUUCAUUCGUACAAAAUUAACCUUUUUGACUUCUAGUUGUGCAACAUGUCGCAAAGUGAUCGUGUAACGGAUUUAAUCAUGCAUUACUACAUGGAACAUGGCCGCAAUCGGGAUUUGGAAAAGUACCUACGCUUGCGGCGUAUGUCGAAUGCGACGCGUUCUUCCAGCGACGGAAGCCUUCCGGGGCUGGACGAAUUGCAGCGGAAGGUAGCAGGAGGCUCGAACCGUUCCGGAUUGGGAAAAUCGAUGGAAAACCUGUCAACGCUCCGAAAGAAAGCAGAGCAGCAGGAGCUAAUUGAGGGCGAAAAGUCGCUACGGAACGCGUCCGCCGAAAGCGCGAAGGUUGCUAACAAAUCAACGGAGCAGCCCGGCGACAAAGGAGGCCCUGCUUCGGACGCUAAGGGAGUGACUGUUAAGGAAAAGAAGACCGAGCAGAAGAGUGGAAGAAACUUUAAUUUCAAUCUGGAAUCAGUUAUUGAAAUAAAUCUUCCACCUCCAUCAAACAUCACGAUGACGACACCAGCGAUGACCUCCGCGAUUCCACCUAUUAUGUAUAUGCAACCAGCAGCAUUGCCGCCUCAGAUGCCAUCCAUUGGAAAAGAAGAACCGGCGCGAAUUGUCGUGCACGAAAACAGUACCCAGACGGCUACUACUGAAGAUGACCCAAUACGGCCGGUUGUCAAAGCACAAGCUCCGGCGACUGGUGAGGAAACACUGGAUAGCCUGAAGGAUAUAUCUCCCGUUAGCAGCAUUGCUUCAAACAAACAGAAACUGGAAUGGGAUUCCCUCGGUGACAUCGGAUACGAUUCGAGCGAGCGUUUGCAGCUCUGCGGUGCGGCCGAUCUCAAUGAAACGGAGAAACGUUGCUUGCAACGAUACUUUGCCCGCAAGGGUCUCAACUUCGAUCGGAGCGUUGUUGUCGUUCGUCAGCGCGAGGAAAAGGAUAAGAAAUCGCGUCCAGAAGAUGAUGGGUCAAUUAUGCUUCAAAAACCUGGCGCACAGAGUACCCCGAAGCCUCUACAGCCUUUGGCCAAGAGCCGUGAGGAGGCACAAAAAUCUACUCAAACUUCCCUUCGUGCGCGCGUUGUUGAAUCGCGGGGAAUUCAAGCGUCUGAUUGUAAUACCGAAAGCGAAAGAAGCGACCACCACCCAUAUAGAGAGGACAAAGCCGUGGGGACGGCGGAAAGCUAUACCCUUGCGUCAGUUGAUGCGGCUGAAAGUUUUGAGUUCUUUUCACCUUCGGUUCCGGCGACAGAGAAUAACACCCCAUCCGGUGCCGCUUCCGUUUCAACUCCAGUACAUUCAUCAUCGACGGCUUCGUCCUCGACGGGGAAUAACAGUGCCCCGCUGGAUGUUGGUAACCGCUCCCAACGGCCAACCUUUGACGACGAGGUAAAGCUCGGACUGACACUGUAUAAUUCCAUCUGUGAACUUCAAAGCAUGCCAACAGGUGUGAAGGAAAGUUUGAUCGAUAAAAUAUUUCGUAAACUUUCGCGCCACGAUCCGAAAAAGAGGACACGCGAGCAACUACUGCACGACUAUGCUGAAUCCGUCCGGAAGCGCUAUGAAAAGGAGGCCAGCAAACGGGGACAGGUGGAGGAAAAUGUGUAUGAUGAUGUGGGAACUUCCGGAGAUAAGGCCGAAAAGAGCGAGGAAAGUGUUCAGCAGGAUCGAAGUUGCGGUGCGGAGGUAGAGGUCAUUGAGGAAACUAAAAGCCCUGAAGCAAUUGCUGGAAGUGUAGAUGUAUCGGUCGGUUCAGUGAAAGGAUCGUCUAGCGGUUCAAAUGAGGCCAAAAAUGUACGUCAUGAUUCUACGGUCCGCGAACAUGGUUCAAUGGAGAUUUCCUCCCACCAAACGGGAUCGUCAUUGGUGGAAUCGAUCGGUACGACGAAAGAGAAUAUUCCUAGGAAGCUCUCGGCCCCCGAGGCGCGAGACCGGCGGGUUAGAAAAGCGAUGCAGGAGUACUUAAAACCGAUGACACAUUCCGAGGUUGAAUAUGAAAAUUUACGCGAUCUAAAGCGACUUAACCAACAGCGAUCGAAUGAACCACAGCUGGCGCAAAUCGAUCGGGCCAUUGAGCAGUUGCUGGUGAAGAAGAUGUUACUUCUUAAUACAGGGGAAUCUGCACCGGCGGUACCGGUAAAAGAUCCCGUCCGAGUAGAGCUCUUGCCCAAGCAAUUGCCUAGUGAACGUAGCGGGACAUCGGAUUACACAUCUGUUCAUGAGGCCAUUUCGGUAAACAGUACCGCAAAAGAGAGUAGUUCCGGCUGGAAUUCCCACUAUCAUAUGGCAAAAGCAUUGAAAAACCGGUCUAAGCUGGAAACACCGACGGCGGACACUCCUAGCCCGGCAUCCGACGUCAGUAUUCCGACGUUCAUCAAGCAGAAGAAGGAAAAGUUUGUCGAAAAUUACGAUCAGGUGCGUCAGCGCAGAGCGUUCGAGGAACAGAACCACAUUUAUACCCGCCCGUACAGCAGUAGCGGCCAAAGGAAUGGUGCUAAACGUCGGCCGCAGGAGAAGGAAAACCACAACUUCGGAAAGGAUAAAUACGUGUUGAGCAAGCUGUCCAAAGGCACGGGUAACGACAGAAGAGCUCCAUCGUCUUCGAACAAUUCCAUCAUGUCACCGCAAUUCAUUUCGUCGGAUUCCAUCUCCAUCCCGGUCGUGACGACAUUGACCAACACAACGACCACGCACCAUUACGAUAUCAAAUCCAGACGGCCAUCGCCUCCGAUUGCCACCGGGCGUACGGCGGGUACUCAAACGACUGAUUCCAUUCUGCGUACGAAGCCAAUAUUUGGAGAACCGAAACCGAAAACGAACUCAGCAACGGCUGCCGUCCAGGUUCCCUCAACUAUCGAUGUAAGGCCGAUAAAGGACCAUGCGUAUCCAGUGACCCAAUGCCAUUGCCCUUGCGGGCAACUUCAGCAAAGAGCAAGCAUUGGAGUGCGAACGGAAAUGGAUAACAAUAGUGGCGUGCGCCGUAGAACGGAAAUAAUCGACGGAACUGGGGGAGGGCGGCAAGACAAACAGGCCCAAACGCAACCCUCGUCCAUUGCGUACGUCAUAACAUUUGAAGGUGGCAUGCAGCGCAAACCGUCAGCCGCUGCUCCAACACCUACGCCAUCGCCACGAUCUUCCAGUGUAAGCAGCAACGAUGAAAGCGAUCCAGAGAAUGGGAAAGAUAAGGAUUCAGAAAAGAUGUUAACAUUGCGUGAACAGUUUCGUCGUUCGUGCCCGGCCACUCUGAGCAAGAUCGAGCAGCGGCGCCAGUGCAUCAAUGAGCUGAACAAGCUGCGUAGUAAGCGGAACCAGCAGCGGCAGCGCCUGUUGCUGCUGACUUCGGACGAUUCGCUACGCAAAACGAGUUCAAUGGGACGAGGAAAACUACCACCACCUCCGUUGAGCCAGCGACGUGUCUUUGCCUCGACCCGUGCCAUGCGGGAAAGCACGCGACAAAAGGUACGGAAUCUUCCCGAGGUUCAAAGAAAAAAGGAGAUCGAGCGAUUUAACAACCUAAAACGUAAAAAUCGGAUUAUGAAGGAUGUUUACAAUAAGAACUUACAACGGAAAGUGCUGCGCGGUCAAGUUGAUCUAUCCAACAGCGUUCGAGUGAUUCAAGAUUAGGUAGCUGAAACCGGAGCCCGAAAUAUUGGCGAUAGUAUAUAAGUUACAUACAUGCAUUUACACUCCAAUAAAAUGAUAUCUUAAAUAAAAUGGUU